AUGGCCUUUGCGACCAACACUCUCGUUAACGGGGAAUGGACUACGAGGACGAUUGAUGUCAACGCAGUGCUACGGCAUUAUGACCAGCAGGAUAAGGAAGCCUCUGCGAAUGCCAUGGAAGUCGAGAGGCCGCCUGUACUUGGUCUAUUGACGCAGACUGUUAUCAGAAGCCCCCUUGUGCACUGGAUUCUGCCAGUAAGGCUGAGAGAUCUGAAUACAAACGACGUGGCUUUCAUCGGGGACGAAUUUGUUCAGAUCAAGGAGUUGCGACUUGAUGGCCAUCUAUGGGAUGUUGUCCAGAAGGAAAACUUCGGGGCCCGGAUUCGCAAUGCCCGAGUCAUUGGAUCAACGAAAGCAUUCUCCCGAGACCACAGUGGAGACCCCCUUAGCACCCAAAUCAAGGAUGAGGAUGAGGAUGUUGAGAUGGAUGGUGAGGGAGACAGAAAUGCCCAACGCCAGAGAAAUACCCUGCUCCCGCCUCAAGGCAUUCUCCUGCAACUGGAUUCCGGGGACUCUGUGUUCUUAAUAUUGCGUCAGACAGGAAGUGGACGAUGGGAGUUUGUCUCUAGCCGACACCGGGUCUCAAAAGCCAUGCUCACAGUGCAGCCUGGCAUGCACUUGACUGUAGACCCGAGUUCACGAUAUGUGGCUAUAGGCUGCUCGGAAGGUCUCUUCGCAAUCUAUGCACUGAAUUCCAGAGAGGAACUGAAGAGGCAAUACUCCCAAGGCCAGUCUCCCCGCUAUGUCAAAUCUGAACGAUAUAUCUACUUCCAUGGAAUCAUUCACAAAAUGGAAUUUCUGUACCCUUCACCAGAUGAUGAUGAACACAUCAUCCUGUUGGUCCUGUUGGUUUGGAAAGGCAAAACGCGAAUGCUUUUAUAUGAGUGGGAAACUGGCGCAGAUCUAAGGGAUGUUCGAGCCCAUAGCCGACGGGGACACCUACUGGAAAAAUCACGUCAGAUGCCUCUCCUAGUCAUUCCGUUGACUAUCAAGUCAUCCUUCAUACUUGUCUCUGAUGGUUCCAUGGCCGUUUGUAAGGAUAUCCUUCAGGGAAGCCCCCAGUUCAUCGACUUUAAUGAUAGAGUGGAUCCGCCCACUCCAUUCCACCAUGGUUCAGGAUUUCCCUUGUGGACAGCAUGGACUCGCCCAUACCGCUUGCCACACCAUACCGCCAAGCGGGAUGAUAUAUAUAUCGUAAGAGAAGACGGCCUCAUCAAAUUUCUAGAGAUUGACUCCUCGGAAGAGGAUAUCGUCCGAGCUGAUAUGGACAUUGGUUCAUUUGAAUCCAACUGUGGUACUGCCUUGGCAAGUCUCGAUUAUCAGGCUUAUAACGCCAACACGGGUGACUUGCUCAUCACUGGAGGUGACUCAUGCGUUGGAGGGACCUACUUAGUUAGAGCGAGGAAGGCCCCUAUUUUCAGAGAGAGCAUCCAGAAUUGGUCGCCCGCACAGGAUAUUGUCACGACUUCUAAGACUCAAGAUCGGGAGACCGAGGAGCCAAAUAUAUCUCAUCAUGGCAAAGAAACCUUUCCAAAACCAGAUAGGAUUUUUGCUUGUGUUGGGAAAGGCAUCAAAGGGUCCAUCACGGAAUUCAGAUAUGGACUUGAAGCUCGUCUUGGAUUAGAGACCGAAUUUCAUACGCCUGUUAUGGACGUUUGGGUCUUUCCCCCGAGUCUCUUUUCUGUCGAUUAUGACGGCGGCUCCCUCUUUCUGCUGUCACUAGUCAAUCGAUCAGCACUGCUACACCUAUCUAGUGAUGCCACCGAAAUUGACGAGCUCGAUCAAACUUCCACACAUUUGGACUUGAGAUACCGGACCAUCGCAACUAGCGUACAUGGCGACAUAAAGAUACAAGUCACGGAACGAUCUAUCUUAUUUAUGGAAGGGCAGAACUCUCAUAUUUAUGAGGACGAAAAACUUCUUGGAAUCUACCAAGAUGGAGUCUUCCUUGGCUCUGAAGCCAGGGUAGAUGACGCCGUUGCGCACGACACUAUUGUAAUAUUCUCAACCCAUUUUCAGAGCUCGACAUACCUUCAGAUCUUGGAUCCAAGAUCAUCCAAAGCGUUGGCCAAUGGCGAGCCAGCAGGACCUUUAAGCAACACAUGUAUUCGGACUUUAAGGAAAUUCUCAUCCAAUGUUACCGGUAUGGCUAUCUGCUUGAUAGAACAAACACUUUGUGUUGUUGUAGCUGAAUGGGGUGGAGACUCGGUGAAUCUGAUAUUCCAACCUCUCUCUGGCGGAGAACCCCAUAUCCUACAGAUUCCUACUACUUAUGGCGACAGUCGCGUGCGUCUCGAAGCGUUCGUUAGUAUCUCGGUGUCUUCUUCACCUCCCGGAUCUCUCGUAUUACUAUGCGGGACUCGGAAUGGAAUGGUCAUCACGCUAUACCUCAAUGAGCACAAUCUUCAGAUUGUGAGCUCUUGGUGUGAUCGAAUUGGCGCAACCCCGGCGAUUAUCAGAAGAGAUGAAUCUAUGGGCGCUAAGGAGCUAUUCUUUGUGAACUGCGACUCUAAAUUAUAUGUCCUAACGGUUCCGGCCUCGCAACAGCCUGGAUUCGAUGUGGAAACAUCGAGUGAAAAGACGUCCAUAAAUCGGGUCUGGUUGACAGAUGUCAUGAACCCUAGUCUCCAGCAGCCAGCAGUGAACUCGAUAGCGAGACUCCUGCCAGACAUUUCGGGCGGGAACGGGGACGAUAUAUUACUAGUUUCAGGUUCUCAACUUCUCCUGGCAAGUCUCAGCACCCAGCCAAAGGCCGUUCCUCGCCAUAUGCCGAUUGGAGGUACUCCGACCCGUCUUUUAUAUUCACAAACUCUGAAAGCCCUCAUCGUCGCAGCGUCGGUGGAUGGUAGAUGCACACUUCUUUUUAUCGACCCCGAAACAGGAGUAGACCUCUCGAAGCCUGUCGAUAAGAAGGGUGCGCCAGUCGAUUUCGUAUCAGGCCUUGGCGAGUUCAAUGAAAGAGUGUUCAGGCUACUCGAAUGGUCAUAUAUGAAAGAUGGCAAAACCUGGUAUUUUAUUGUCGUUUGCACAAAUACUGGGCGACUCUUGAUCCUAUCUACGGAAAGAGAAACAGUGGUACCAUCAGACAUAAGGACGGAAUCAGAUCCCUUUGAAAUGGGGGAAACGGGGUCGAAUAUCAAUGAGGCUUCAAGGGUGCCACCGAAAAUACGACAUUGGACACGGUACAAAUUCAAAUGUGCAAAGCCAGUAUACUCUGUUGCCGGGUUUGCAGAGGGACUAUUCUAUUGUUCUGGAGCCACACUCUAUUGCGACAUUCUUAAUCUGGCAGAGAAGAAGUUCCAGACAGUCGCUCAGUAUGAUCUUCCUUCGCCCGCAGUAGAUCUGGUGCAUGAGAACGGAAAGAUAUAUGCUACCACUGCUGCUCAUUCGCUCGAAGUGCUCGAAUUGGUCAAGGAAGCCGAUGGAAGUUCAAAGAUCUACCGCACACAUGGUGAUCAAGUAACCCGAAAUGCCCUACAUCAUAGGGUCUUGGGGAGGUCCUCUGAAAGCCUGAUAGAUCUGGUUUCGGACAAGUCAUGCUCUAUAGUGGGAUUGUGGGCGACCCAUAAUACCAGAGCUGACACUCUGGAACCUGUCUUUGAGGCACAGCUCCCGCACUCGAUUCUAAGAUUCCGUUCAGGGAAUUGUCGUCCCAUAUGGGAUCCAGUCUGGUACCCAUCAACGGGGAAUGAGGUUCUGGGUCCCGGUAUCACUCCAGGCUCCACGAGCUACCCUGAAGUAUUCGGUCUGUCGAUUGACGGAUCACUCUGUCACUUUACAAUCCUUGACUCUGCCUCAUGGAAGUUCCUGAGAUUUCUGGUAAAUUUGGCGAUGCAGUCACCGAAGAUCUGCGAGUUCACCUACACCAAGGGGACUCUACCCCUCGAACCUGUCACUGAGCCGAAGGUCAUGAUGCAUGUAGACGGGGAUAUCCUAAGGCGUUGUGCUCAAGAUGGGAACCUGCAAGAACUACUUUGCAUCGGGCAGGAGACAGAGGAGGCCGUCAAAACCCAGGGCAAGUUUUGUGAACUACUCCAGGAGCUGCAUCGAGGAAGGUUGCAGAAAGAUGCUGGGAUGGGUGUCUACCUCAAGCAGGCAUACAAAGACUUAGAGUUCUUUCUUCGCCCUGUGCUAUAA